AUGACAGUGUCACUGACCUUCACCGAUGUUGUUUUAGAAACAUGCUGUGAUUACAUCAAAGUAUAUGAUGGUCCUUCAACCCUCCACCCCUUACUGGGAGAAAUACGGGAGUACAGGAACCAGUCUUUCAAAUCCAGCAGCAAUGAUCUGACUGUGUUUUUCUACAGUGACAGCAGUGUCACACGUAGAGGAUUUCACGCAAACUGGGUCUUUGUAGUUCCUCAACCUGAAUGUGGAGGACACCUGUAUGGUUCUGGGCUGUUUUCCAGUCCAAACUACCCCAACAAUUACCAUGACAAUGCCUACUGUGUGUGGUAUCUCUCUGCUGAGCAAGGACAGAGGAUCUUCCUGACAUUUGCUGAUGUGCAACUGGAGCGCUGCUGUCACUGUGACUACAUCACAGUAUACGAUGGCUCUUCCACUGGUCAUCCUCAGCUGGGAAAGGUCUGCUUCAAUGACACAACACACCAAGUGUUUCAUUCUUCUUCACGAUACUUGACUGUUGUCUUCAGGAGUGACGCCUCUGGUGUCAGCCAUGGUUUUAAGGCCCUUUUUACAAGCUCUCUGACUGAAGAUGAAGGUUGUGUGGAUUGUUCCUCAGACAACAUGAUCAUUGUCAUUCAGAGAUCUUACCUGAAUUCACUUGGGUUGAAUGGAAAUGCCCUUUAUGUGGACGACCAUCUUUGCAGACCCACUAUUAGCAGUACUGAAGUUGUUUUCAGCUUCCCACUUAAUGCAUGUGGAACCGCCAAAGAGAUGAUGAAUGGUUAUGUGUCCUACACCAACAAUGUACGGGCCUCUCAAUCUCAGUCAGGUGAAAUCUCUCAUCAGUCACAGUUCCUGCUACGCGUGGGCUGCCGAAUGGAGCCAGACACCAUGGUGCAGAUAUUCUACAAGGCCAAGGAGAACAUCAGUGGCAACAUCACAGGAACGGGCCACUUCAAUGCCAGCAUUGCCUUCUACACAUCCAGCAGUUUCAAUCAACAAAUUUACGACUCUCCAUAUGAAGUGAACUUGAAUCAGCUUCUGUAUGUUCAGGUUGCACUAAACAGGCCUGACAACAGUCUGGAUCUCUUCCUGGACACCUGUGUAGCGUCUCCAAAUCCAAAUGACUUCAAAGAUCGCUCCUAUGACCUGCUGCGUAAUGGAUGUCCCAGAGACAACACAUAUUAUUCCUACACCAGCGGUCAACACUAUUAUGCUCGGUUCAGUUUCAGAGCUUUCAAGUUCCUCCGGACUCAUGCCUAUGUGUACCUGCGGUGUAAGGUGAUCAUCUGCCCUGAUAACGAUUACAACUCUCGCUGCCGCCAAGGUUGCCGCUUCCGUCACAAGAGAUCCCUUGACAGCACCUACCACACCAAUACUGUGACGCUGGGGCCAAUCAAACUCAAAGGUCAGAGGCCACUAACAGGACAAAGGCAUGAUGUGAAGGAUUCAGAGAAUCCAAAGGAAUGAACUGGACAGGAUGCAUGAAGUAAUCAUCUGCUUGAUCAUCACCUUAAUCAUUACUAUUAAUUAAUCUUUAUUAACCACCCAGCAAAUUAAUUGAAAGACAAAUUGUAUUUCUGUAAUUUAAUAAAGCAUUUCUUAACAGCA